CUGGGGCUGACCUCAUGACUGGUCUUGAGGUGCCCAAGCCAGGGGCCCAGGAGCUCCCUGUCCCAUGUGCUGCCUGCCUGUUCCCUAGUCACAUGGUGACCAAUUCCACUCUCCUCUGUCACAUCUCUGUGUCAGCAUAAGGCGGCCAGAGCAUAUCUGCCUGCCAGCUCCCAUCCCUGGGCUGCAGCCUCAGGGACCCUGGCAGCAUUUGUGGGGUCCCUGGCCCAUGUGGGGCUGCCCAGGAGUAGGUGGGAGAGAAGGCCUCCUGGCGGGGGCUGCUGGCCCAGGACUUGCUCCUUGAGCAGCCAGGUGGAAAGUGGGCAGCUGAGGCCCCUUGACAUGGAGGCUUCUGGGAUGCAGCUCACUGACGACUGCUCUGCCUUUCCCCUUCCCGGGACCUGAGACCCUGUCCUUUCUGUGAGUGUGGGCAGAGCUGCCCCUGAGGGUCCGAGCGCCUCUGGGGAUCUUCAGGAAGGCUCUGGAUGCUGUUGGUCAUGCAGCCGAGCUCUCUCCAUGGUCACUAACUUAAUCAGGCUUUGAAUAUAAAGUCAGAUGACCCACAGAGCUGCUCCGGGGGCCAGGGAGACCAUGGUCGCUUUGUCACAGUACACUUAACAGCCGCAGCAACUCUCGCUAGCCCGGAUGACACAGCACCGAAACCAAGUGCCAGAAGCAGAUUGUGGCCGUGGGGAGGAGGAAGAAGAGGAGGGUGUUCUCAGUGGCUCUGGAACAUUUCUGGUUGUUGCUUGGAAAAGAAGUGUCAGGGGCAAGAAUGCUACAGGAGGGCCGGCCUGGAGGACAGGGCGGGACUGCAGGGCUGGCUAUGCGGGGGCAGGAGCCUGUGCUUGCAUCAGAGCUGCCUGGGAGACCCUGGCUCCGGGGCGGAGGCCUGAGUCCUGCACCUCAGCUGCGGAGAGGGAUGGCAGUGGCACAAAUAAGCGGGACAAGCAAUACCAGGCCCACCGGGCCUUCGGGGACCGCAGGAAUGGUGUCAUCAGUGCCCGCACCUACUUCUACGCCAAUGAGGCCAAGUGCGACAGCCACAUGGAGACAUUCUUGCGCUGCAUAGAAGCCUCAGGUAGAGUCAGCGAUGACGGCUUCAUAGCCAUUAAGCUUACGGCACUGGGGAGACCCCAGUUUCUGCUGCAGUUCUCAGAGGUGCUGGCCAAGUGGAGGUGCUUCUUUCACCAAAUGGCUGUGGAGCAAGGGCAGGCGGGCCUGGCUGCCAUGGACACCAAGCUGGAGGUGGCAGUGCUGCAGGAAAGUGUCGCAAAGAUGGGCAUCGCAUCCAGGGCUGAGAUUGAGGACUGGUUCACAGCGGAGACCCUGGGAGUGUCUGGCACCGUGGACCUGCUGGACUGGAGCAGCCUCAUCCACAGCAGGACCAAGCUCUCCAAGCACCUGGUGGUCCCCAACGCACAGACAGGACAGCUGGAGCCCCUGCUGUCCCGGUUCACUGAGGAGGAGGAGCUACAGAUGACGAGGAUGCUACAGCGGAUGGAUGUCCUGGCCAAGAAAGCCACAGAGAUGGGCGUGCGGCUGAUGGUGGAUGCCGAGCAGACCUACUUCCAGCCGGCCAUCAGCCGCCUGACGCUGGAGAUGCAGCGGAAGUUCAAUGUGGAGAAGCCGCUCAUCUUCAACACAUACCAGUGCUACCUCAAGGAUGCCUAUGACAAUGUAACCCUGGAUGUGGAGCUGGCUCGCCGUGAGGGCUGGUGUUUUGGGGCCAAGCUGGUGCGGGGCGCAUACCUGGCCCAGGAGCGAGCCCGUGCGGCAGAGAUCGGCUAUGAGGACCCCAUCAACCCCACGUACGAGGCCACCAAUGCCAUGUACCACAGGUGCCUGGACUACGUGCUGGAGGAGCUGAAGCACAACGCCAAGGCCAAGAUGAUGGUGGCCUCCCACAACGAGGACACAGUGCGCUUCGCACUGCACAGGAUGGAGGAGCUGGGCCUGCAUCCUGCUGACCACCAGGUGUACUUCGGACAGCUGCUAGGCAUGUGUGACCAGAUCAGCUUCCCGCUGGGCCAGGCCGGCUACCCUGUGUACAAGUACGUGCCCUAUGGCCCCGUGAUGGAGGUGCUGCCCUACUUGUCCCGCCGUGCCCUGGAGAACAGCAGCCUCAUGAAGGGCGCCCAUCGGGAACGGCAGCUGAUGUGGCUAGAGCUCCUGCGGCGGCUCCGAACUUGCAGCUUCUUCCAUCGCCCCACCUAGCACCUGCCAGCCCACCCUCAGCCUCCAGACCCACUCCACCCCCCACAGGCCAUCACCACAGCUGCAGCCAACCCCCAGAUUCACCUUUUUUCACCCCAAACUUGCAGAGCUGCUGGAGGUGGGGUCAGGUGCCUCCCAGCCCUGCCAAUGGUGGGGACACUCAGGUGUGGGCCGAACCUGAUACCUGCCUGGGACAGCCGCUGGGAACUGUUGGGAACUCUCCUCGGAUGUGUGGGCCCAAGGCCCCCACCUCUGUGACCCCCAUGUCCUUGGACCUAGAGGAUUGUCCACCUUCUGCCAAGGCCAGCCCACACAGCCCGAGCCCCUCGGGGAGCAGUGGCCGGGCUGGGGAGGCCUGCCUGUCAAUAAACCACUGUUCCUGCA